AUGGGCUGGGACGGGCCGUGGCUCAACCUCUCCGGCAGCGCCCGUGCGGCGGGAGCGCCCUUCUCCGCCGGCACCGCCGCGYUGCUGGCCGCGAUCAUGGGGCUGCUGGUGCUGGCCACCGUGCUGGGCAAYGCUCUGGUCAUUCUGGCGUUCGUGGUGGACCGGAGCCUCCGCACGCAGGGAAACUUCUUCUUCCUGAACCUGGCCGUGGCCGAUCUGCUGGUGGGUGGCUUCUGCAUCCCCCUCUACAUCCCCUACGUGCUGACGGGCGAGUGGAGGCUCGGCCGGGGCUUGUGUAAGCUGUGGCUGGUGGUGGACUACCUGGUGUGCACCGCCUCCGUCUUCAACAUCGUCCUGAUCAGCUUCGACAGGUUCAUCUGUGUCACCAGAGCGGUCAGCUACAGGGCUCAGCAAGGGAUGACCAGAAGUGCAGUACUAAAGAUGGUGACUGUAUGGAUUGCUGCUUUUCUCCUCUAUGGACCAGCCAUUCUCAGCUGGGAGCACAUUGCCCAAAAGAGCAUCCUCCCUGAAGGAGAAUGUCAUGCAGAAUUCUUCUACAACUGGUAUUUCCUACUGAUUGCCUCUACUAUUGAAUUCUUUACACCUUUCAUCACUGUUAYGUACUUUAACUUAAGUAUUUACCUCAACAUCAGGAAACGCACAUUGCUCCGAAGUGAAAACCUCUCACCAGGUCAAGAGGACUGUGAAAUGAAUUUCCAGGGGGAAAGAAGGGAACACRCUAUUUUUUUUGUAAAAUCAGCUAACAGAGAUGAACAGGAGAAGAGAGCAAGCAGCCUUUUUACCAAAAGAAAGGCCCCAAGGCUUCAGGCCUCAGCUGAAUUUGGCAAUCAGUCAUCAAACCUGAAUGUCAAUCAUGACCUUCCACCUCUCCAGGAUGUAAAGACCAGGCUUCCCAURAAUGGCUUCUUCAAAGCAACAGAAAGCCUUUGCACCCCCAGCAGCAAGGUGGACAUUGCUAACACUAUGGCAAACAGAUUUAGGCUUUCCCGGGAUAAAAGAGUAGCAAAGUCCUUAGCMAUUAUUGUCUGUGUGUUUGGGCUGUGCUGGGCUCCAUACACACUCCUGAUGAUUAUCAGGGCAGCCUGCCACGGGCACUGUGUGCACUACUCACUCUACGAGAUCUCUUUCUGGCUUCUGUGGGUCAACUCAGCUAUUAACCCUGUUCUCUAUCCACUGUGUCACAUGAGCUUUAGGAAAGCCUUUAUAAAACUCCUSUGUCCAGGAAGGGCCAAAAUUCAUCCUCACAUUUUUAUGUGAAAAGUAGGAAGGCUAAAAAUWAGUAUAUCUUGUAUUUGAUAAGAGCACCAAAAAGCAAGUAUUGCAAYACCUGCAAAUAUUUAUGGAAUACUGGUAAGUAGGCACAAGUGUAGAUAUUUAUGAAUAUGUAGAAAUACAGAUCCAUGUAGCUGGAAAAAUUACAGCAAUUAAAAGAAAGGUCAUUUUUUUCAAAGCUCUUUGGAAAAUUACACCAUCAGUGUAUUUUCUGGUAAUGGUGCACUAGCAUUGAAGUGCUGAAAACAAAAUGUAACUUUCAUGGCUAAUAAUUAGAGUUCAGGCUCUAUUACUUUUAGUAACUGUAAAAUAGCUGGAAUUUCAUAGAGCAUUAAUCUUGGAUCAGUUAUAUCUUACCCCAAACUCACUCUAAGACAUCAAAGGUCUCAGCUGUUAAGUGUAGGAUGCUCCCCCCCGCCCCAUUUAGUGGCAAGCCAGACAAGAUCAUGACCAAUGAAAAAAGGUAAAUACAGGAAAAGCAUGAGACAGGAGGCAGCACAACAGUGAUGUUACCAGGAUGUUGAGCGACUGUAGCAGGUAAGGGAGCACUGAUUUGAGUGGAAAGGGUGAUGAAAAUAGAAAAGAGUGGAAUAAUUAGUAGAACAAAGGUCAGUAACAGAAGUGUAAAAGGGUUUUGAGACAAUUGGUAAUUUAUACACUGGAAUAGUUUCAUUAGGAGUUUUCUCCCUCAGCAGUGACUUCCUAUCUCCCACCACAACCCUGCAUGGGCAGUAAUCUACUCGAGUCAAAACUGUUUCUUACCUGGCUGAGGGGUAUUACUCUACGUUUUGCUGUUAGGACAGAGUAAGCCUAAGUAGCCUAUGAGAUCCAUAACAGACAGAUCUUUAAUUUUUGAAAUAUUUACAGUUAGACCUUUGCUACUUCCGACUAGGUUAGAAGAAAAUAAAGCUGUUUUCCUCUACCCUACCCCUUGAAUCAUUCUAUCCAUCAUUAGUGGUCAAGCAAGUAUUACUUGAAGUAUUUAGCUAAUUCCCAGGUCAUCCAUCAUGACUGGCAUGACUCAAAGUCUGUUACAAUUUACAGCCUUGCUACUGCCCAAGAGUGUUUCUGCCAUUGUGUCUGUGCCACCGGAGCAGCUCACACAACUGAUCCUGAGUUUGGAGUAGAUUUGUCCCACAAGGUGACACAUUGAACAUCACUAACGAUAGAAGCUUGUUCCACCAUCAUCAGCAUUUACUACAUAAGCUAACAGAUGUUUGCCUUUGCUGACAAGUGAUAAUUACUGAACAGCUUGAAUUGUCCAUUGCCACAGUCAAAAUGCAUGGUAGUACAACUGAUCAUAAAGUUUACAGGCAAUAUUUUAAAAUCUACUUGGAAAGCUUACAAUAAAGUAAUUAARAGCUGUGGAAGAGUUGUAACUGUGUAGCCCUAACAAGUGGGAGAAGGGGAAGAAGCACCAGUUUACAAUAUUUGGGUGACUGCAGUUGAAACUGCAGAACCAUUAUUUCAAAGACACUUCCUAACUUACAAGGACUGACACUGAGGACUAAACAAACAUGGUUAGCAAAUACUGUAAACUAGGAGGGCAUAUCCCUACACUAUCAAUGCAUCCAACAUGAACAUCAUCAUCACAUUCUGCUAUGGAUGUGCUAUAACAAAACAGCUUAACAGUUCUACGAGGAACAGCAUCAACAGAUACAGAGCAACAUUAAGAUUUUUGAAUUAGCAUUAAUUAUAACCCUGGGGAAGCAAAGCCCUUMAAUUAUCUCCCCAUUCAUUCCUCCUCCCCUCCAAGCCAGACUUACUCAUCAGUAUAUUAAUGAUCUAAUUGUUGUCUACUCUGCAAUUCUUGUUUCCUAGGAUUGUAUUUGCCUUGUUCAAAAAACAGAUAGCACUAAAUUACUGAAAAAUCCCACCAAAGUCUCAUUUACUAUCCCAUCAAGCCAGGAUACAUUUUCAGAAAACAGUGGUCACUCAAGGAGUAAUGCAAUUCAAUCUGUUAUCUUUAYAACACCACAUUCAGUAAAGGAAA